AUGUCUGACCCUAAAAUAGAAGAGACAAUAUUUAAAUACGAGAAUUUUAUCAACGACGUACUCAAAGAAGAUCUCCGUCGAGUGCAAAUACGAUUAGAAAGAAUCAACUCGGAAAUAUCAGACUUAAUUCAAGAGAAACAUACAAUAAGAGUGAUCACAGAUAAAAAAAUGCAUCCUAACGGCUUCAAGACGCAGGUAAAUAUAGGUUGUAACUUUUUUAUGGAGGCGGCAGUGCGUGAUACGUCGACGUUACUUAUGAAUGUUGGUUUGAACACUUAUCUGGAGUUUGGUUUAGAAGAAGCCAAUAAGUAUUUGGACGUACGAAUAAAAGCGUUCGAGGAUAUGGCUGCGGCAUUACAGAAUAAGGCGGCUAAGAUAAAGGCACAUAUUAAAAUGAUGCUUAUUGGUAUCGGACAGUUACAAGAUGAACUCAAGAUAGAUCCAAAAAAACGUCGCAAUUUGAAUGAUGAAGCAUUGUAUACUCCAAAUGAGCGAUAG